UCUAAGGUUAGUUUGUGGAAAUGUACAAGCUAUUUAUUUUUUUUUUAACAGGAGAAGACUGUUGCACUUUGAUUCCUACCGAGAUAGCAAUGACCACCGAGUUAUAAGAUAAGAUAACUAACUUUUCGCAACAGAGCGAGCUAAGUUGAAAGAGGAAUGGGUGGAUAGGUUGCAUACUAUAAAUAUUAUUUAUAUACAGUCUAUGGUUCUGUACUACAGUGAUUAUAAAGUGUGUUUUGGAAAUUGUCAAGAGCUGCUGUAACUUCCCUCUUUGCAAACAUGCAUGGAAGACCAACUGAGCUACCACUUCUGUCAGGGUUCAUCCAGAAGGAGCUCAGAAAAGAUGUCUGAGCAGUAUCCCCUGUCACCUCCACCUCCUCCUGCUCCUCCUCCACCUCCACCUGCUCCAGGUCCACCACCUCCACCAGGAUCAACCUCCAAGAAGAAGCUGUACCAGACUAUAGCCAGCAGCAGGAGUCCAGUGGAGGGGAACCACACAGAGGCCCUCCUACUGCUCAGUCAGAGGGACAGCAGUUUUAGGAAGGAGCUACAGUGGAUCCUGGUGAACACGUAUGUGCCUUCCCUCAUCCAAGACGGUCCUCAGUGUGGCCUGGUGGCCUUGUGGAUGUCCGCUCACCUCCGACAGCCACAGCUGACUGUUGCCAUGGAAACUGUUGUUCAGAAGGCGCUAAGCAGAGGCUACACGGCACAGGGGGAGAUGUUUUCAGCUGACAACAUGGCCCGGCUGGCGGAGGAGGUCUGUGGCUGCAGGGCGGAGCUGUUGUCGGGCGGAUUAAGUGGUGAUAAUGCUGCAGCCAUCAUCCAACACCUGUGGAGGAGACAACCAGUGCUCAUCCCAUAUGAUGAGGACUACAACCACGAGCCGUGCCAGCGGAGCGGCCACCGGGCGCACUGGGCGGUCGCUUCAGGUGUUCUCCUGGGUUUGGACCAGGGGACCGUGUUGGAGGAGCAGGUCCACCGGGACCCCUCGCUGCCCUGGCUCCGCCUCGCCACAGACAGCAGCGCUCCGUGUCCCGUCGGUGACACGGCGGUUAAAGAAGUUUACAUCCUGGCGAAGCAGGGUAAGAGCCUGCGCUACCAGCUGUGGAGCCUGGACAGCGUCGCUCAGAGCAACAAGCAGCUGAGAACCAUGGACCCUCAGAGGGAGAACGACGGGACCCCGUACGUGGUUCCUCAGGGAGGGGUGGAGGCCGGGCUGGCCGGGCAGGCGGUGCUGCUCCACACCAGGACACAGAAACACCAAUGAGUGUGAAAACAGCAGACACAGCUGCUCUGAUCUGUGGAGAGGUUCCAUGGUGAACCCUGGUGCUGCUCGGUUCCACGGUUGGGUGAACUCUUUGGAAGAAAAAUAGCAUCCAUAGUGCAACAAAUUCCAGACAAACAUGGCCGCCAAGCUGCUGACUGCACAGUUCAAUGAGAAAAAAAACUUUCACUGCAUUAUCUUACAAAAAUCCAAAUUUAGAAAACACUUUUCUGCAAACUUUAGGAUUAUAUUGUAAAUCAGUUUCCACUUGGGUGAACUCUUUGGAAGAAAAAUAGCAGGAGUCCACUGCACUGGAAUAUGGAAGCCCAUUUCUGCAGAAGCGUAAUGUAUUCACGUCAGAGAAAAUAUCAGUGUCUGUUUUUCUGAAGUAAUGAGAAACAGAAGAAAAACAGCGGAAUUUUCUAGCAAAAAAAAUCUGCUUUAGUUUUUCUGAUGAAAACUUUCUGAGAUAAUUAUCUCCUGAGAUAAUUCUUUUUAAUUCAGAAAAACAGUGCAAUUUUUUUUCUUUCUCAAGUGAAUAUAUUACAUUUUCACAGAUUUCCACCAGUAAAAGACA